GAUAACUAUUUAGGCGCGGAUCUGUGCAACCCCUCUCGGAGCGUGCGGGAGAAUGCACCGCAAUUAGAAAAUCAGCGUGCGGCCGUGCGUCUCGGCCACCAUACCUUGAGCUUACGGGAGCUCGCAGCGGACAAAAUCUCGCGCGCUUUUCCGAGGACUGUCUAACCUUGGAGUGAGGCAAGAAUUCGGAGAAGCGGGCAAACCAGGUCCAAGGCGGGGAGCGCCUCGGUUAGAAUGAGGGAAAUAAAGAGGAUAUUCUUUGGGGGAUGAUGGGUGAGGACCUACCGCAUGAGAAGGGUAGCGACGGCCGAAGACACUGAGGGACUGGCGGGUUCACGCUAAGGGAAGCUUGGACGAUACCAUCUAGAGAAGGGGGUUGGGGUGAUACCAUCUUAAGGGUGCGAGGGGGGUGGCAAAGAACAGAUUUGGAAGGUGCUACUUGGAGGAGGCAGGGCGCACGUGGGAACCCAAAGGGACUGGACGGUCGCCCACAUCGCCACUACCCUUACCCAGCCGUCCCGAUCCAGCCAUGAGCGGUGUGGUGCGGACCGAGCCGCUGCGCGAGGAGCUGCCUCUGCUGGUGUGCGGCGACCCCUACUCCGUGGUGGUCCUGCUGCAGGGCUACGCGGAGCCCGAGGGGGUCGACGACGCGGUACGCGCUGACGGCUCCGUGACGCUUGUGCUGCCUCGGACCUGGGGCUCAGCCUCCAGCCACCGAGAGUCCCCUCCCGAGGGCGGCGGGGCGAAGACCGCCCUGGAGGAGGCGGCCCGUGGCCCCAUCCUCGUGGACACUGGAGGUCCCUGGGCUCGGGAGGCGCUCCUGGGGGCCCUGGCGAGGCAGGGCGUGGCCCCCGGAGACGUGACUCUAGUGGUGGGCACCCACGGACACUCGGAUCACAUCGGGAACCUGGGGCUUUUUCCCGGGGCGGCUCUGCUGGUCUCGCACGACUUCUGCCUCCCCGGGGGCCGCUACCUCCCCCACGGGCUAGGUGAGGAGCGGCCUCUGCAGCUGGGCCCGGGGCUCGAGGUGUGGGCCACGCCGGGCCAUGGGGGCCAGCGGGACGUGAGCGUGGUGGUGGCGGGCACGGUCCUGGGCACCGUGGUGGUGGCGGGCGAUGUGUUUGAACGCAACGGAGACGAGGACUCAUGGCAAGCGCUGAGCGAAGACCCAGUGGCCCAGGAGCGGAGCCGGAAGAGGAUCUUAGGCACUGCGGACGUGGUCGUGCCUGGUCACGGAGCCGCCUUUAGGGUGGUCAGGGAAGCCCCGCAGCCAAGGAACUGAUGUCCAGAAGACCGGAGGACCCAGUCAGCCGAGUCAGAGGAAUCAGGGGUGAUCGCUUCCAGCCCUUCCAAGAGUCCGGUUUUCCAGCGAGGACAGUCAUGGAUAUCACUGGUUCUGCAACCAAACUUGGACCAAGGACAAGGACCAGCCAUGUGCCAUCUCUUGGGGCCCCCGUAAAAUGGGAAAAUAAAAAUAGGAAACUGCAUGGAAAAAUCAUAAAGCCCUAAGUAAAUAUGAAUCCUUACUAGUGAUAAUCAUGCAAAUUUGGUAAUUAGCAACGGUAACGGUGGGGGGGCACUUUGGCCAAUUGCUUAUUUCUCAUAAGAUGGAGGCUUGCGCAGAGAAGGUGCAGGGUGUGGAAGUAACACCUUAGUCAUCUGACUUUCAUCCAUUUGUUCAUUCUAGAAAUAUUUAACACCUGCAAUGAUUCAAGCACUGCCCUAGAUCAUGGGGCUGCAACAGUGAGCAACUCAGCUAGACAAACUCCCAGUUCCUUAUGGAGAUUACAUUCUAGAGAGACAGAAAGACAACUAAUAAUAGUAAAUCAAAUAAUUACAGAUUGUGUUUAGUGAUAUGAAAGAAAAGGAGGGCAAGAAGGGAGUAGAGUGCCUGGAUGGAAAGGUGGCCUCUUUCAUUUAAGGUGGUCAGGAAAAGCCUCUGAGUAGAUGCUGUUUAAAUCAGGGAACUGAAUGAGAAGAAA